GUCCCCUAGUGGUCCAGACUGGUACAGAGCAGCAUAUUUUCCUGACCAUCACCUACUGGCACAUUCUUUACAUAAUCUGGUGCUGCCCCAGAACAGCCCUGUAAGUACGAUGACGUUAUUCAGUAUCUGAAUAUCUCUUCUGAAAAGCCACCCCAACUACAUACAAUACCCAAGAAAAAUUGGAAAGAGCCAUUGAAAGUGAAGAUAAAAUUUGCACUGAUGUCCAUUCUCUCAGUGACUGAAAAGCUUCAAACUGUCACUGUCUGUUUCUUUGUGGAUAUGGAGUGGGAAAAUGUCUUUGUGACAUGGAAUCCUCAGGAUUUCUGUAACAUUUCCAAGCUUAAACUGCCAGUGGAUACAUUUUGGUCCCCGUAUAUCAUCAUUUACGAACAUGUGGAUGAAGAGAAAUCCCUCAACAGGCCCUAUCUGUCCAUCACCCACAACGGCAUCACUACCAUAAGCCAAGAGCACCGUGUCACCAUAGCAUGCAACUUGAAGAUGCACAAGUUUCCAUUUGACACUCAGACGUGCAGCAUAAGCCUCUUCUCAGAUAUAGUACAUGCAACAGACAUUAUAUUCCUGCCCAAUCAGACAACAGAAGAGGUGAAUAAAAACAGCAAAUUUUAUCAGUUGACCGAUGGAGAAUGGAAGUUCACAAACAUAAACAUUAUACCAGACAGUCUAAAGAACAAUGAGGAAGUCUCUAAUGGGAUCACCUAUGAGAUCUCCAUGAAGAGACGACCCAUUUUAUAUGUUUUGAACCUUAUCUUCCCAUCAUGUGCUCUCUACUUAUUGGAUAUGACUAUUUUGUUCAGCAGCAGCUCUUAUGAGGACAAGAUCAGCUUCCAGCUGUCACUCAUCAUUGGAGAGUCUGUGUUAGCUCUGAUUCUUAAGGACAUUAUUCCCACUUCUUCCGAUGACCCACCUGUAAUAGUGAUGUUUUUCAUAGGUAUCUUUGUCCUAAUGAUUAUGGGUGUAUUGGAGACCUGCCUAUUAACACAGCUGAAGAAGAAACCCCUAAAGCCUAUACUCAAGUCUAUCAAACUGCUGCGAUGCCGCAAGCAAGCUAGAACAGCAUCCGGAAACCUCUUAAGCAAGCAGGAAGUUUCGCUGACUGAGACGGCCAGGGGACAAGAGGAGAGGAGGGAUUCAAGCCCACUUGGAAAGGGAAAUACAGAACUCCGCAUGCUUAAGGAAAGAAUCAAUGCAGAAGGGCAGCAAAGUGGGACCCAGGCAGAGCUACAGGAGUGUGCUGCCCCAGAACAGCCCUGUAAAUACGAUAACGUUAUUCAGUAUCUGAAUAUCUCCUCUGAAAAGCCACCCGCACUACGUACAAUACCCAAGGAAAAUUGGGACGAGCCGUUGAAAGUGGAGAUACAAUUUAUACUGAUGUCCAUCCUCUCAGUGACUGAAAAGUUACAAACUGUCACUGUCUAUUUCUUAGUGACCAUGAAGUGGAAAGAUGUCUUUGUGACUUGGAAUCCUCAGGAUUUCUGUAACAUUUCCAAACUCGGUCUGCCAGUGGAUACAUUUUGGUCCCCAUAUAUCGGCAUUUAUGAACAAGUGGAUGAAGAGAAAUCGCUCAACAGGCCCCUUCUGUCCAUCACUCACAAUGGCAUCAUUAGCACAACCCAACAGCACCAGGUCACCAUAACAUGCAACUUGAAGAUGCACAAGUUUCCAUUUGACACCCAGACGUGCAACAUAAGCCUCUUCUCAUUUAGUCAUCCAGUAAGAGACCUCAAACUCCAGUCCAAUCAGACAACAGAAGAGGUGAAUAAAAACAGCAAACUUUAUCACUUGACCGAUGGAGAAUGGAAGUUCACAAACAUAAACAUUAUACCACACACACUAGAGGAUGAGGAGGAAGUCUUUACUGCGGUCAGCUAUGAGAUCUCCAUGAAGAGACGACCCAUUUUAUACGUUUUGAAUCUUAUCUUCCCAUCAUGUGCUCUCUACUUAUUGGAUAUGACUAUUUUGUUCAGCAGCAGCUCUUAUGAGAACAAGAUCAGCUUCCAGCUGUCACUCAUCAUUGGAGAGUCUGUGUUAGCUCUGAUUCUUAAGGACAUUAUUCCCACUUCUUCCGAUGACCCACCCAUAAUAGUGAUGUUUUUCAUAGGUAUAUUUGUCCUAAUGAUUAUGGGUGUAUUGGAGACCUGCCUAUUAGUGCAGCUGAAGAAGAAACCCCUACACCCUAUACUCAAGGCUAUCAAACUGCUGAGAUGCCGCAAGCAAGCUAGAACAACAUCUGGAAGCCUCCUAAGCAAACAGGGAGAUUCGCUGAUUGAGAUGGCCAGGGGACAAGAGGAGAGAAGGGAUUCAAACCCACUUGGAAAAGGAAAUACAGAACUACCCAUGCUUACAGGAAGAAUGAAUGCAGAGGGGCAGCACACUGGGACCCAGACAGAGCUACAGGAGAGCAAGUCAGCUCUGCUAGUUCUGGAUAAGGUGCUUUUCUGCAGUCAUUUGCUUUUAUCACUACUGUUUAGCAUCAUCAUUAUUGUACAAUGGAGCAGUUAAAUGUGGGCCAAUUGCCUUUUCUAAUACUUGCUUGCCUCAACCUCCUCCCUAACAAGGUUUUCCUGCUUCUUAUGCUUGAAUUAAGCUGUGCACUGCAUGUCUGAAUAACAGUGCAAGCUCUGCAGGGCAGGAGCCUUGUUCUUGCAUGUGCUUUGUAAAGCAAUGUGUACGCCUAGGGCAUCCCAUCAGCAAAUAAGUUACCUGAAUAAAAUACAUUCAUGGAGCUAGUGUUCCAGCUGACAGAGAAUUACUGGAGUAGGUAUAAGUCAUCGGAGCUGUAGCUCUCAAAAGUGCUGAACGACACGUGGAGAUCUGGGGGGAACAAAGCAAACAUGAAAUAGCACAAUGGACUAGAUUAGUGCUGGUCUUGAUGGGAUGAGACUGGCUCCUUCAACUGUGAUAGUGGUAGCCUGGACUCCAAUCAACUCAAAGGAGGGAACAGGCCAGGGUGGGCUCCCUACCCUCAACUACAGCCCAGGAUGCAAGUUUAAAGGAGAAUAAUCAGCUCCAGAGGAGAAGGUAUAUUUACCGUAGUACAAAUCCCAACCAGUUAGUGCUGGUCACAGGACAUGCUGUCUUACAUAACCAUACCAUAUAUCUGAUUUUUGCAGACCACUGGAAGUGUUUGCCUUAUUAGUAUUGCACAUUACUAAUGGAGCAGGGGCGGCUCUAGACAUUUCUCCACCCCAAGCCCAGCGGCAUGCCACGGGGGGCGCUCUGCCGGUCACCGGGAGGGUGGCAGGCAGCUCCGGUGGACCACCCGUAGCUCAAUCUGUAGCUCACAAAAGCUCAUGCUGAAAUAAAUUUGUUAGUCUCUAAAGUGCCACGAGUACUCCUGUUCUUUUUGCAGAUACAGACUAACACGGCUGCUACUCUGAAACCAAAGAAAAUGUUAAAGUCAGUUGUAAGCAAGAAUUCAACUUAAAGCAGAUGUACAAUUAGAAAUUAAAACAAGGCUGCAUGCCAAACUGCCUUAAACAUGAAAUUCACAGGGUAGAACCCAUCAAACCUACCUGUUUCUCAAAUUGGACAAUUGGGGAUUUAGAGGCCUGCACAUAUUCAGCAGCACUCAGCCUGCAAGAGAACAAAGGAUUUGGUGAGCACAUUAAUCCUAGAUUGUUUCCGGCAGUGAAGCUGUGACUCUCAUCCUAUUUCACUUUAACCAUGGAAAAGGAGUCACCAUUCUCAUCUUACCCCUUCCUUAAAGAGGCACGGACCUUAAAAUAGCAUCUGCUUUAAAUAAAACAGGUACAAGCUCUUGAUGUCUUUAGCCAGAGAAUUUGUCAGCCUCAAUGACCUGAGUAGAACCCCUGGAGUUUGUUAUACCCACCCUCCUCUUUCGCACAGAGGAGGAACCCAUAGAAUAGAAGUCCCACUAUGCAAUGCUCCAUCUUGACCCCUGCAGUCUCCAAGAACGCCAACUCCACAUUAAAAAGAAGUCAGGCCUACUUUAUGCAACUUAGGUGCAUCCUUUGGGCUUCUGCCUUUGUCUUACACUAAUUUCAAGUUUAUUACACCAGAAGAACAAGCAGAACUGCAAUCCAGUCCCAGACUCUAAAUCCCCAAGUGUGGUCCUGUAUAGGUAGAGAGAACCUAUUCUUGCUCAAAAGCUGCCUACAUGCACAAACCCAGACUUGCAGCUCCUGUACCUCAGCACAGUUACCCACCAGCAGACUCGAAGUCAGAAUUAUUCUAUACUUCUACAAAGAUCAAAGAGAAACCACGUGGCAGGGAAGAGUUUUUAAAUAAUUACAGCUUCCUGUUCCUGGGCAUUUAUCUUGUCUGUUUGUGUCCCCACAGGCUCAGGAAUCUUUAGUGCACUGUACUGUACAUUCAAAAAAUAAAUUCUAAAUG